GUCCAUAAUAAAUUGUUAGUAAUAUUAAUUUAGUCCUUAUGAAUAAUGAAGUGAUGUUAAAAAAGGUCAGUUUUUAAAUUUGCUGAUUCCCAUUCUACCCUUAAACCCAAAUCUUCUCUUCAUUUUGAUUACGACCCCGUUGGAGCUUUCUCUCCGAGUCAACCAUUACCAAUCUCUCUCUCUCUCUCUCCCUCGAUCCUGGUCUCGGAGCUUCCAUUACUCUAUUCGUCUUCCUCUCUCUGCGUUCAAAUUUCAGUGAGCGAACAAUGGCGGCUAUGGCGAACGACUUUCAGGAUCGCCGGAACUUGAAGCUCGAUAACCGUCACGACAUCAUCUACCUCAAGUCGUUUGCCACCCCAACCUCUUCACCAUAAUCGACCCGUUCUUUCACUUCUCACGCGCGCACGACCUGAUCUGUUUUUCGAUCGACGACCGGUGCCGGAAUCUCAUCUUCAAUCCAGGUACGAACGUCUAGGUAUGGAUCAGUAUUUUAAAUGAGAUUACGUCAAUGCAUCUUGAUAUUGCUUGCUUCGAAUCGAUAAUUUGUUGUUUCCGUGAGCUUUGAAUACUCAGAACUCUAGUAUUUUGGGAGACUUCCCAAGUAGUUAGUAGAAUUUUCAACUGAGAUGGAGACAUUCGAGAUUCAGGUUUUAAGAUCUGCGAUGGUAGCGACUCAUAGCUAGGUAUUGUUUUUACCAUUGCAACUUCCUUGCUGAAUAGAAUACCAAACUGAUCAUGAUUACCAUGCCUUUGUUUAGGGUGUCUUUAUAGCGGGUUGUGAUUGCAAAUGCCAGCUGUACUAAUCGAAAUUCCGUUCGUUAGAAUUAGAUAGUGUGAGGUGAUAAUAUAUACGGAAUUGGUGUGCCUGUUGAUAGGUUAGAGGCUGGAAUUCAUGUGUGUUUGUCAAUAGAUUAAGUUAACAAGGAUCAGCUAAUGUUUUUGUUUUUAGUGUUGUUGUUAAUAGAAGCACACACAAACACACAAAAUUGGCUUGGUGUGCGCUUUUGAACUGUUGAUAUGGACGAUAUCAUAAUAUUGAUUGACUUUGUCUUGUGGUGUUGUUUAACUCCAAUGUGCUCCCAUUGUGGUUGAUUUGUGUAAUUUGGGCUUGCCAGUACUUGUUUUUUUAAUGUGUGAUAAUAGCUAUCUUAUAUUAGAACAACCCGUUAGCCUUUUCAUGUGGAAUAAAUGUUCUCAGCUUCUCUCUUCUGUUUCACCUUUUCAGAAUUUUUAUAUGAUAGGAAGAGACAAAAGCAGAACCCUUUGGAGGGUGUUAAAGAUUGAUAGAUUGGAUCCAUCUGAGCUAAACAUUCUUGAAGAUUCCACAACGUACACAGAUAUUGAGUGCUACGACCUUCUAAAACGGAUACAUGAAGGAAACAAGUCAAUGGGUGGACUUAAGUUUAUCACCAUUUGUUAUGGAAUUGUUGGGUUCGUGAAGUUUCUGGGACCUUAUUACAUGCUUAUUAUUACAAAAAGAAGGAAGAUUGGAGCAAUUUGUGGUCAUACUAUCUACGCGAUUAGCAAGAGCGAAAUUAUUCCAGUUCCAAAUUCUUCUGUGCUGUCAAACUUGGCUUAUUCUAGAAAUGAGAACAGGUCUUUUGUCCAUUCUUCAUGUAAAUGUAAUAUGUACCUGAUACUUCUAAAGAGAUCUAAGAAAGUAGCUUUCAGAAUUUUACAUCGUCCAGUUGUACUUUGAUAAGAAUCAUGUCAUCUUCAAAUUGAGAAGUUUUGUUUGUCUUUUUGUUGGAGUACAUUGUCUGUGACUUUCUAAACUUAACGGUAUCAAUGUCUAGGAU